CCUGGUCACCUGCGACCUGCAGCUGGAAAGCCAGGACCCCCUCCUGCUCCUGCAGGCCCUGUGGACACUGUGGUCCAGGCGGGAGCCGCGGCAGCUCCAGGAGGAAGCCUGGCGGGGGUUUGCUGCCCUGGAUGACCCACACUCUGGACUUCUGGACAUGCUGGAGGGCAGCCAGGGCUGAUGGGGACAGAGCCCCUCCCUGGAGGCCUGGGUGGCCGGCGAGCUGCAGUGCUGGCUGUGGGCACAGCCACACCCAUCGCCAUCCCAGUGCAGCCCAGAGCUGAAUCAGCUGCAGGCCCGUGCACUCAGGGUCUAUACCCAGAGCCACCCCAGUCUUGCAGAGCCGCUGGUCAGCAUCUUCCAGCUGCAGGACACAGCCCGGGGCCCCCUGCUGGCUCAUGUCCACCGCCUGCACCGCGAGGGCAAGUUCAAGGAAGCCGUCAUGCUGGGCAUGAAGUUGAAACUGCAGCUAGAACUGGAUGUUGAAAAGAUGAGUGCCUCCCUGCUCCUCUAGGACAAGGUGAGCUUCGUGGAGCGCCAUGUGGCCAGCCUGCCAGGCCUGCAGAGGAGACUACUGGUCCUCAUGGACUCCUGGUGCCGGCCUGGCUUUGACAUCAGGGAUGUCACCCGGCGAGUCCAUGGGUCCCUGGCUGCUGGCGCUGAAUGGCCUCCUGGGAGCCCAGGCUUAGGACAGUACCCUCAGGUGACGUACUUGCGGCUGGAGAAGCUGAGUCCAAAAGUGCUGAGCCGGCAGGUCCUGCGGCUGCAGGGGCAAUAUAGUGUGGCCUCAGCGCUGUGUCCCAAUGCUGUCACCCAGGAGCGCCUGGCAGCCCUGCAGUGCCUGUGCUACAAGUGGUUCGUGGAGAAAAGCAUGUCCCAGGAGAACUGGACCGACCACGUGCAGGGCCUGGUGGGACAGAGCCUGUGGCUGCAGGAGCAGCUGCAGCAGCUGCUGGCCUCUCACUGCAGCCCGGCUACAGCCACCCAGGGCACCCUGGACCUCUCGCUGCCAGAGGGGCUCGGCCAGUUCAGGCUCCAGAGGAGAGAACAUGGCAAGCAAUUACUACCAGCUGCCAUCGCCAGGGAGGACAUCCACUUCCUGGCCUCAUGGGAGGACCUGGCCAGGCACCAGGACAAGCUGCUGCAGCCCGGCCAGGUGGUUGGUGUGGACCUGGAAUGGACGCCCUUGUUCAUGGCAGCAAGGCCCCGGGUGUCGCUCCUGCAGAUGGCCAUGGAGGGCUGGGUGUUCCUGCUGGACAUCCUCACGCUGUCACAGCCCCUGGAAGGGCAGGUGGCACAGGCCUUCUCCCAGCUGGUGUCCCAGCUCUUCUCGGACCCCUCCAUCACUAAGCUGGGUUAUGGGAUGGUGGGGGACCUGCGAAGCCUGGGUGCCUCUUGCCCCGCCCUGGCCCACAUGGAGAAGCAGGUUCAGGGGGGUGUGGACGUGCUGCAGCUGCACAGGCAGCCACAGGUCACCCGGGCCCCAGAGCAGUGCCCAGCGGUAGCUGCACCCACAGUGUCCCCCAGGGGGAGCACUGCUGCCCAGGCAGACAUCCCCGAGGCCAUCCAGAUGAUGCGUGCCAUGGGGGUGCUUUUCCUGGAGCUGCUCUCUGGGUUCUGCUCAGAGGAGCCUUGGGUCCUGCGCCUUCAGGUGCACAGAUGUAGGUGGCGAAUGUGCCGGCCCCAGGGGUCUGAGAGGCCUGAGCCUCCUGGUGCAGCAGGUGCUGGGCACACCCCUGGACAAGGUGCAAUGCUCUCCAACUGGGGCCAGCGGCCACUCGAUGAGGAGCAGCUCAUCUAUACUGGCACGCGGGGUGGCAGGGCCGGGCCAGUCGGCGCCCUCUUGCCCUCUGCACCCUGGAGGCUGAGGCUGACCCUGCCCACCAGCUGCCAAUGCCUACUGCCUGCUGGAGGUGCACCAAACCCUGUGCAGGGAGGCUGCCCGCUUCCACCUGCCUGGGGGCGUGGUCAGGAGCCAGAAGCCCAGGCACAGCAAGAGAGCAGGCCCCAGGAGCCGCCUGGCCUGAAGGAGGCCUCCACCGUGCCCAGACAGCAAGGCGAGCAGGGCUGUGGCAGGAAGAGUAGGACUCCCCAGGCGUCCCAGCGGACCCCACCGACCCAACUCCACUGCACAGAGGACCCCCGAGACACGUGUGGAGGUCCCACUAGUGUACCUGUGGCCGUGGGUGAGGCCAUCAUCCCCGAGGUCUCCACCAGGGCCUUCUGCAUGGUUUGUGACAGCAUGCUGCAGGGGCUGGCACGGAGCCUCCACUGUCUGGGUGUGGACGCGCUCGCACUGAGCACUGACGAGGACCACCGCAGGGCAGCCGAGCUCACGGUUCCAGCGGUGCCCGGGGCCGGGGAGACGAGAGCCCCCUCCCUGGCAGAUACCGCUGUCGCCGGACCCCGAGUCCCAGUGGCGGGGCUGCGCAGCCUGGCCCAGCGCUGA